AUGGCGCCGGCGACGGAGUCUCAAGGCUCAUUCCUGAGCCGAAUCAGCAUCCGCCGCAACCAGAUCAUCUCCAUGGACGCUAACCACGAGCAAGAGCUCGAAGAGCUCGAGUAUUUCCACAAACACGUCUCUGAACGUCUCUCGGAGCUAAUCUCUCCAUCUUCGCCUCCUCCAGACAUUGGCGGCUCUUCUCAGCCGUCUGAUCCGAUCCUCUCGAUCCCGUGGCUACAGAACCUCCUCGACGUUUUCGUUUCCUGCGAGACGGAGUUCAAAGGGGUUCUUCUGUCCACGGUUCAGAUCUCGAAGUCUCCUUCUUUAGAGAGGGUUCUGUCGGAACUGCUUGAUAGGAUUCUAAAGGCGCUUGAUAUCUGUAACGCCGUUGUUAACGGUAUUGAUUCCGUUAGACAGAGUCGGCGUUUAGCGGAGAUAGCUGUGACGGCGCUUAAACAAAGGCCGUUAUGUGACGGAAGCGUUCGUAGAGCGAAGCGUGCGUUGGCAAGUCUUGUUGUUGGGUUAAACGGUGAUGUGAAAGUUAGAAACAAUGGAAGUGGCGGCGGCGGCAGUAGUAAUAAAAAGACAACGUUUAGGUCUUGGUCGUUUGGACAGAACAGCAACGUAGGAGGAGGAUCAUCAUCUGGCCACUGGUCUGCGACGAAGCAGAUUCAGGGGAUGGUUGCUAAUCUUGUGAUGCCACGUGGAGCAGAAGCCUCUGGACCGGCGAUGCCGGUUUAUAUAAUGAGCAGUGUUAUGGUUCUUGUGAUGUGGGUGUUAGUCGCUGCGGUGCCUUGCCAGACAAGUAACGUUCUUGUUGCGCCGUUGCAGCUUCCGAAGCACCAGAGCUGGGCUAGUGCCGCUGUGAACAUUCAGGAGAGGGUUGGUGAAGAGAUGAAACGGAAGGAGAAGCGUUUUGGUGGUGGUGGUGGUGGUGGGUUGAUGGAGGAGAUUCAGAGGAUGGAGAAGAUAGGGUUGUCUUUGUUGGAUUUCACGGAGAGGUUUAGGUUUCCGACAGAGGAAGAGGAGGUGGUUGCGGACAAGGUGGAGGAGUUGGAUGAGAUUUGUCGGGGGAUGGAAGUUGGAUUGGAGGAUUUGCAGAGACAAGUUAGAGAAGUGUUUCACAGAUUGGUGAGAAGCAGGCUGGAGAUUGUGUCAGUGCUUGAUCAAGCUCUUGCAAGUUAA